UGUGUGAUCAGACAAGGUGGGCAAAUGACUGUGUAUCGGUAAGGUCUCCCGGCACAAUGAAACGCGUUGGAUACUGGAUUAGCGAAAAGAAGGCAAAGAGCCUUAAUUUGGAGGAUCAGAAGGAAGUUUUCAGAAAUGCUGGCAUUGAGUUGAUUAAGUUAGAUAUACAUCUCCCACUGGAAGAACAGGGACCAUUUGAUCUCAUCCUGCACAAAUUUACUGGUCUGAUGGUAAAAGCAGAGGAAGGCGACACAUCAUCACACACUGUCUUACAGAAUGUUAAGGACUACCUCAGGCGACACCCUAGUUGUUUAUUAGUUGACACGUUUGAUUCUCUGAAGAACCUUAUCGACAGGAAUGAACAAUACAAAUUACUGCUGAGGUGCCAUCUACUAGACUCAGAUUCCUGUGUGUUUACCCCCACCUUUGUCGAGCUGACCACGACAGACAUCAGCAUUAAUAAGGCACGCCUUCAACAAGCCAAUGUCAAGUUCCCUUUUGUAUGUAAACCCAUUGUUGCCCACAGCACUAGCAGGUCCCACAAGAUGUGUAUCAUUUUCAACGAGGAAGGUCUGAAAGAUGUCCAGCCUCCGUGUGUGGCCCAGACUUUCAUCAACCAUAAUGCUAUCCUGUAUAAAGUGUUUGUGAUAGGGGACAAACAGUAUGUUACUGAACGACCUUCACUAAAAAAUUUCUACAAUGAGGACCAAGAAACAAUUUAUUUUGAUUCCAGUCAGAUAUCCAAGCCGAAUUGCUCAAACGCCCUAACAGAGUUAGAUGAAGGUGACCCCAACAAGAGCGAGUCUCCAGUUAAGCCUGACAUUGAACUGCUGAAGGAACUAGGACAAGUCGUCGGUCUCGAGUUCCAAAUACAAUUGUUUGGCAUUGAUGUAAUUAUUGACUGCGUCACCAAAAAAUAUGCUGUAAUUGACAUCAACGCCUUCCCUGGAUAUGAGGGAGUGGAUGGCUUUGUCCAGUUGCUUUGUAAUCAUUUGAUGUCACUGAUGAAUCAGCAACCAGGUAACCAAUCGAGUGAUAGAAGUUUAGCAGGAACUAAACACAAUGGUCAUCAUCUUCCCUUGGAAAAUGGCUAUUGUGAUCGACCGAAGCGACUGAAAUAUUCCUCACCUGAGCCUGAAGAGCAUACUGGUGUUUGCAGCAAGUGUUGUGAUAAUUCUUUUUCGUCCGGUGGAAAUAAGACUGUACAUAUGCGCCAGGCCAAAAAUUUGAGUGAUGAUUUAAGUGUGCAAGUGGAUAAUCGUGCAAAAUCUGAUGUCAUACCAUGGAAACAGCCAAUCAACGGUUGUGUAGAACAUAGCCACUAAACUCCGUGAGAGUUUCGUUAAUCUAUGCAGGACUUUAUAUUUUAACUACAGGUUCCAGUGACUUUAUAAUUAUACACAUAAUGUAAUAUUCCUGUGAUUAUGUAGCAAGUAUAUAGCAAAAGGGGUCAAAGGUCAUUUGCACAAAAGCAAUCUAAAGUGAUAUGUCUAGGAAUUGAUAUUGGAUGGACAUACAAAAUUUUUCUAAUAAAUUGAAAAAGCUUUGCAUGAAUUUGAUAAAUGAUUUCAUAUUUGCCACAUCUUUAACUAAUUUAGGAUGUGAAAAUGAAAGAUUUGACAAUUCAUUUUGCUUAUGCACACGUUUGCCUGUCGAACUGAAAUAAAAAGCAAAUCAGAUGAUACAUAAAUUAUUUCAUACAUAUCGUUUAAUAGGAUAUUGUAGGCAGAGUUCAGAAUAUCCCAUUGGGUAUUUAAGCAAAAUCAGUUUAAAAUCAACAGAAAAGAUACACUCUUUAAACAUAUAGGAUGGUUAAUAAAUUGUUGGUGGAAUGUCUUAGCAAAUUUAAACAAAAAAUCAAGAAACAAAAAAAAAGUAUCAGCAUUUUCUUUCACAGAUUUAAACAUGUCCCUCUACAGCAUUUAAAAUUUUGCAUUGAAAAUAAAACAACAAAGCCUUCGUCCUAGUAUAAAGAUUAAUCUUUCAAUAUAAGGGAGAUAACUCUAGAAAAAAUGAACCAAGUUGAAAGUGCGAGACAUCUGUUGUUAAAGGUUUUAGACAAUGAGUCAUUUAACAGUUUGAAAAUCAGAUUAUAUGUUGAAUGUUGAAGUUAAUUUUAAGUUUGCGACUGUGUGAUUGAUAGGGCUCUUUGUUUCACUCUCUGUUAUUCACUUUGUACUGUUUGAUUCCUGCUUUUAGCACUGGUCAAUUAAACUUAUAGCUAAGGCAUUUUUAUAUAAGCAUUUUUAACCUUAAAUUGUAGUGAUAUAUGUAGUGUGUUAUAUAAUUUGAGAGAAGUUUAAAGGAAAUUUGAUGUUCUGUAAUAUGUAAAUCAUAUUCUAUUUAGCAUAAAACUUUUUGUCAGUCAUGUAUUGAGGCAAAAUGAUAAACCAAUUUACUAUUUUUUUUGUACUGAUUUUUAUUCCUUUACUAUGAAUAGUACAUUUUGUAUUGUUAAGAGUUACAUUUUAGAUAAAACUAACAAUGUCCUAAAGAUGUAUAGCGUUUGUAAACCUGAUUUUAUCACUUUCAAACCUGUAGUCCUGUGACAUUUAAUCUGGUGGUUGACACUUACAAUAAAGUUUUUCCCAAAACAGAUAUAUCAGUGAUCUGAAUUAUUUUUAGUCGUGUUGACUCCCAACCAGUGUCAAAGAGCGUGAGUGUUAGAAUUAUUCAGAUUAAUAUAAUAACAUGUGUACAAUUAUUUCAAGCCGACCGUCUGAGAUUACAUGACCAGACUUUGUUACUGAUGCCAGAUAAUUGAACUAUCACAGCUGCACACGACUUUGAAUAUUCAUAAUG